GUCGGCUAGCCGGAACUUGAGAUAUAUGGAGCGAGUUAAACGUUGCAUGUCCACGCCAGAAAGCACCCCGUCGUAAGAAGCGAGCAACAAGUAAUGCGGAGCAUCGUAUACUUUCCGGAGUGUCAAGAUAUAUGUCGAUUAUACCUGAAUCGUUGGGUUGGGGAUUCAUUCCAUAAUCUGUACUCGCUCCUGCGGAGGAUUGAGUUGGAGGAGCUGACUGUAUGCAUUAUGGGGAAUUUUGUCUGGAACGAAGGCAGGUGCAAAGUCCCUUGAGUGUAACUCGACAAGGUGACAUUAUUGCAUUACGUAAUGCUUCUGCCGACUAGAUGCGCAGCCGGUGACGGCAGAUAAUCAUCGCAUUUGAAAGUCGUACUGCUUUCUGAACUCACAAUGUCACCCGUUAAGAAGGACAUACAUAGCGGGCCGUCCAAUUUCCUGACUCCAAAACAAUCUGAAAAAAGUGAUGGAUUCCAAGAGAAGUUGACCCCACUACCGAACGUCGUUGAUACUACGUUCAGCGAGCCGAACCCGCCGAAACCACAAGAUUCUGAGCAAAUCGAUCCUCCCGCGCGCGAGUUUUACACCGCAGAUAUGCACUCUUCUGUUCUUAACAAUCUUUUUGGACAAGCCCUGAAGUUGCUUCACGUCGCCGCAGCCUUCGCGCCGGCAGCUUUCGUUAAAAAUCCUGGAGCAGCACUGAAGAAUGGAGCUGGGUCGGGUGCAGGCGUACGAGGGGGACAAGGUGGAAUGUCGACUAACAAUUUGAAGACGUUUUUGCUGCAGCAGCGCCAGAAAACGAGGGCAGGGUCUGCAGAUAAUCCAACCACGAGUAGCGUCCCUGUAGUAAACCGAAGAUUUCUAGAGGGAACUGGAGGACCGCCGAUUAGAAACAAAAAGGUUCAGAUGCUAAGAGUCAUGCAUGCUAAAGAGGAUGCUGAAAUGUACAAACAACCGGUUGGUCAGCUUUGGACAGACUACUUUGCCGUGCGUCCGACCACCAUGUCUGGCUGGAAUUCUGUAAUUGAGGAGCGUAUUGCGCUCGCGCGGCGUAAUGGCGAAUUUGACAAUCUCCAGGGACGAGGAAAACCGCUGGAUUUGGAUGCGGACGAUCACAAGAACCCGUUCAUCACGCCUACUGAAUUUUUCAUGCACCGAAUGAUUAAGGCACAGGGCCACGUUCCUCCCUGGAUAGAUUUGGGAAAAGAGAUUGAAGAGGACAUCGAAAAGAUGCGGGCAGAAUUGAGGGACGUGUGGAGAACUUACGUUGAAGGUGUGACAAAUGUGUCCAAUGGAAAGAAAACAUAUUUUGAAGAAAAAGGAAGGAAAUGGGCAGAACUGAGAUGUUCAGAAAUCAAUGCGAAGAUACGAAGAUUCAAUGUGGAGGCUCCGAGAGGCAUUCCGCAAAAGUUUCAAGUUGAUGUAAAUGAUGAACUUCUAAAAGGGGCGGGGAGUAUGCCAGUUUCCUGCUGACUGAUCUAGUGACUAUGGAUGAGCACACUGGACCGUGGUCUGAGGAUGAAAUUUGAUUGUAACAUCAUAUCUUCCACAUGUUUCUUCGAUAUGCAGGAUGGGUACGCGGGACAUGCAACAUUCCUCAGUACAGUAUUAAGAAUGAGAGGCCAUGAGGGGCAAUGCAUGCAAAGUUUUAUUUUGUGUAUAGUAAGGUAGAAUAGGCGACUUAGCCUAGAAGCUCUCUCAAUUUUUCCCCCAGAGGUGCACCUGAAUUGGGGUUCUGUCCUGUAAUUAACCGCCCAUCAACCACAACAUGAGCCUCCCAAUCUUUGGCCGCCUUUUCGUACUUUGCACCAG